GUACGAAAUGACGAGACUGGAGGGUGUGUUAUGAAGGAAGGCAACGAGGCAAGAGUGAGAGGCAGGUAUAUAAGACAGCGGACGACUUGGGUCGACAUUACACUUCACCAUGAAGCUCCUGAUCUUGUUCUCCGUGCUGGUGGCUGCCGCUCACGCUGGUUCUUUAGGCUACAGCCUGCCUACCCCAUCUGGUCCAGCGUUCGCCGCUGGUGGUGGUGGUUUCGGAGAUGAUUCGCUCCUUUCAGGUGGUGGGUCAAUUGGCGGCGGGUUCGUCGGUGGAGAUGACGGGGGAUUCGUCGGUGGGGCUGGCGGUGGGUUCGGAGGCGGCGUCGGCGGUGGCUACGGUGGCGGCUGCAGUGGAGGACAAAUCCUUCAUGUUGACGGAAGCUGUGUAACUCCUCUGGUCACUCGCAAUUUAUUUGUAUACAAAGCUCCACCUGUGGCUCCACUCGUAGGCCCAAAACCUUACAUUCCUCCACCAAAAGUUGAACACAAUAUUAUUUUCAUCCGCACCCCAGAAAGCGGCCUUGGAGUGGAACCAAUUAUCGUACCACCACCACAACAGAAGAACGUUGUUUAUGUCCUCAACAAGAGGCCUGAAGUAGACCAGAAAAUCGUCCACGUUCCAGCUCCUGAGCAACAAACUCCUGAAGUGUACUUCGUCAACUAUGCCGAUGGGGACAACCCAACUUUGCCCACAGGAGAAGAUCUCCAGUCUGCCCUGAGCUCUGCCGCUCAUGGUGGUGGCCAGGUCGUUGGCGGUGGUUUUGGUGGUGGUUUGGGAGGUGAUUUUGGCGGUGAUCUUGGUGGUGGUUUCGGCGGAGGGUUGGGUGGUGGUUUCGGCGGAGGUUUGGGUGGAGGUUUCGGUAGUGGCAUUGGUGGUGCCUUUGGCAGUGGAGGUAUCAAAGUCGGAGGAGGAGGAGGCGGUGUGUCAGUGAGCACUCCAUCAAGCCUCUAUGGAGCGCCCUAGUCACCCACCAACUGUACCACCAUCGUAUUGGAAUACUUUAUUAAGCAUAUUUGUUAAAAAUAAACUGUAUUGGUUAAGUUUUGAGAAUGGAAUCUGUUGUGUUCUGUAUGGCUUGUUCAUAAAAUAUAUAUUUAUGUUA